AUGUGCGGUGACGCCACGAUCGUGGCUGUUAUAGCAGCGCAAAAAACUGGAGUGGGGUACUUUAUGUUUGCUUCAAAUUCUCGCGUAUCCGUCUUUGGCUGCCGGAAAACGGCUAAUUUUUCGGCAAAGAGAGAUUUGAAGGUGCCGUACAGGAAAGGCGCCGGGCUAUGUCUACGGAUGGUGACGCACGAAAUAGAACAAGAAUUCCCGCUUGCAAUCGGUCCGGUGCACGAACGAACAUUUGAUACGAUGAGUAUGCUCAAGAUCGUGAUUCAUUUCAUAAUUUUAACCGAAACAGAAAGCACAUGA